AUGAUAUUAAAAUUAAUUAUAGUGCUUUUAUUAGUAAUAAUAACAAAAUCAUCCGAUGGUAAUGGUGAAACCAGCAUAGAAACAGUAGAUGAAGAAAAUUAUACAUAUAAAGCAAAAAAUAUAAAAGGUGAUUUAAAAAUACCAAAUGAGAUUAAAAGACAUGAGAGAUCCAAUUUUUAUAACCCCGCCGUUAAUUUAAUAUCAGAAAUAAUAAGAACCGGUUUCGAAUCAAAGAAUUUGGACCUUUUCGACUUUUUGAGAGACAAAUAUCCCCCGCCUGGAGGCCUCAAAACACCUUUGCCGGAGUACGAUUUUGUGAUAAUUGGCGCAGGCUCAGCCGGCAGUGUUCUAGCUUCCAGGCUUACUGAGAACCGUAACAUAAGCGUACUCCUUGUUGAGAACGGGAAGCCGGAGAUGCUUUUGACUGAUAUACCAGCAAUGGCGCCAUACUUUCAGUCGACUGAUUACGCAUGGCAGUAUUACAUGGAGCACCAACCGGGAGUUUGUAUGGGCAUGGAAAACGAGCGUUGUUUUUGGCCUCGAGGUAACGCUGUUGGAGGUACGAGUGUUAUUAACUACAUGAUUUACACACGAGGCAGACCUCAAGACUGGGAGCGAAUCGCAGCCAACGGCAACUACGGGUGGUCAUAUAAUGACGUAAUUAAAUACUACAAAAAAUCUGAAAAAGCCAAUUUAAAUGGUUACGAAAGAAGUCCUUAUAGAAGUCGAGAUGGAAUUCUUCCUGUGGAGUUUGUUCCAAAAAAAACAAAAUUAUUAGAUGCUUUCUUGGAGGCAGGAAGAAUACUUGGGCAUCCAACCGUUGACUACAACGCACCAGAAGUUAUGGGAUUUGGCAAGGUACAAGUUACAAUAAGCAAUGGACGAAGACAAAGUGCAGCUAAAGUAUUUCUGCAUAGUCAGAAAAAUAGACCUAACUUGUACAUUUUACCUGAAGCUAAAGCAACUAAAAUAUUGAUAGAUCCUGUAACAAAAACAGCCUAUGGAGUCGAAUAUGUUCACAAAAACGUUUUACGAACAGCAACGGUACGCAAGGAAGUUAUUUUGUCAGCUGGACCUAUAGCGUCCCCACAACUAUUGAUGCUUUCUGGCGUUGGACCCAAGGAACACAUGACCUCAGUUGGUAUUAAUGUGAUUAAAGACCUGCCUGUGGGCAGGACUCUAUAUGAUCACAUAUGUUUCCCAGGAAUUAUUUUUACAAUAAAUGAGACAAACGUCAGCUUAAUGGAAUCUAAAGCAUUAAAUAUACCUGAUGUAACAGAAUGGCUCAGAAACGGUGAUAAUGAUAUAUCAUCCCCAGGCGGUGUCGAAGGAAUUGGUUAUAUUAAAACACAUGUCUCAAAUGAUUUAGAGUUAGUACCCGAUAUAGAACUUAUUAGUAUCGGUGGUUCAAUCGUGUCUGAUGGAGGUCCAAGCGGUAGUAAAGCCGUACGCAGAGGAAUGAGAAUAAGAGACGAAAUCUUCAAUGGAGCCUUUGGAUCAAUAGAUAAUACAGAUACUUGGAGCGCAUUUCCAAUGUUACUCCAACCAAAAUCUGUUGGUUAUUUAGAAUUAAAAGAUAAGAAUCCGUUUAGCCAUCCCCGUCUAUACGGCAACUAUUUGACAGAUCCACGUGACGUGGCUACAUUCGUAGCAGCGAUCCGUCACAUACAAGCGUUAGCAAAUACAGAGCCAUUCCAAAGAUUAGGAGCCAAGAUAUACCCUGCAAAGUAUCCAGCAUGUCAUUCCUUAAAGUUUGACUCUGAUGAGUACUGGGAAUGUGCAUUACGCACCCUUACUGCGACUUUGCAUCAUCAAAUAGCGACUUGCCGAAUGGGACCGGAAAGCGAUCCACUAGCCGUUGUAGAUCCUGAAUUACGGGUGCAUGGUGUCAAAAGGUUACGAGUUGUUGAUACAGGAAUCAUACCAAUGCCUAUAUCUGCCCACACUAACGCACCGGGAAUGAUGAUCGGGGAAAAAGCAGCUGAUAUGAUCAAGAACUUUUGGAAUAUAUACAUAAACAAUAAAGUGCAAUACUCAUGA